AUGCUCCUCGAGAUCGCUUUCGCGAGUAACCUACCAACUAUCAACCGAUUGCUACCAGGGGAUGCUCCUUCAGCACAGCAGCACGCGUUGGUGUCGCCUCUCUUCGUUCUGGGCGCCGUGCUUGCCUUAUCCGGCGCAGUCAUUCGACUGUGGACAUACCGUGCUUUGGGCCCCCAGUUCACCCUCCAACUAGCUCUCAUCAAGAACCACGAGCUAGUCACUACCGGACCAUACGCUUACGUUCGGCACCCAUCGUAUACUGCUGUACUCACGACGGUCUCGGGGGUGGUCCUGUGCGAGGCGGCAAGGGGGUCUUGGUGGAGGGAGGCCGGCGUAUUUGACACGCCCAUCGGCAAAUGCAUAGCACUUAUUGCAUUAGGCUUUGGCAUUUGUCUUGUGCAAGUGGUGUCGCGGGCGUCGAUGGAGGAUAAGAUGCUCUCUGAGAAGUUCGGAAGGAAGUGGGAAGAGUGGAAGCAAAGGGUUCCCUACCAGCUCUUUCCGGGCGUACUCUGA